AUGAGCACAAGUACGGCGCCAUCGUCGGCAUCUUCUGAUGCAGACUCACUCAAUCACGAUGAGAACCCAAUUAAAGCUGUCAUUUUCGAUUAUGGAGAAGUGAUGUGGAUGCAAUCGAGAAAUGUUCAUGUAUACAGAAAAAUCGAAGAAGAUAAUCAACUAUUCGAUAACUCCCUUAUUCCAACGUUAGUGAGCAAGGAGCUCUCAGCGAUUCUCCCAAAAGGAUUUCAGGAAGAUUUACUCACUGGAAUUUACACUGCAAAAGAUUUCGACCGUCUUUUCUUGUCAGCGUAUAACAGAAAAUUCGGAUCUCGAGUAGAAAAACUGAAGUUCUUCUCCGCCACGGAAUACGAUCAUGAAGCAGUCUAUGAAGAAGCAGUCCUGACGGCUUGUCGGAAGCUUCGUGAGAGAGGAGUGAAGACGAUUCUGAUGUUGGAUACCUAUCACGUCGAUGAGAAAAGAAAUGGACGAAGGAUUCCAAAUAUGGAGAAAUAUUUCGACUUCGUUAUUGAGUCAUGUAAAGAAGGCGUCAAAAAACCAGACCCCAGAUUUUAUCAAAUCGCUUUGGAUUGUGCAGAUGUACAGCCAGAGGAAGUGAUCUAUGUGGAUGACUCAAAGAUUAAUUGUGAAAGUGCAGCUGUUUUGGGAAUCCGAUAUAUCCAAGUUUUUAACAGUAUGGAUAUGCUGGAGGAUCUUCAAGAAAUUUUGGGAUUCGAUUUGGAUUAG